GGGGCGGAUACUUCGGCCUGCGCGGCGACAGGGGCGCUAGAAGAGAAAUAAUCAAGCUUCGCUGUGAUUUGCUGGUUUGUUCACUCCUCCUGAUCUUAGUCGAAGCUUGGGGCGAGGCCCAGCCGUUUGACUCUCGGCGCACCCGGCGAUAAUUUCCCGAAGCAUCAUCGCGAGGUUACGCUUCCAUUGCUAGACCCGCUGGUUGGCAGCCUCCGUCUGAACCAGAAGGGGAGGGGGGGUGUCUUGGGUGAAGAGAUAUACCCGACACAAUGGCAAGACCUCUUACUCGCCGAUCCGCCGUUGUCGUUGGACCCCAACCACCACCGGAAGGAAUCAGAGUUCUCUUCGAGGAAUGCACAUGCCACCCGGACGCCUGUCGGGGCUGCCGUUACCCGUGCUACUUUACUUUGGCGGUACAUAUACGGAGUUCGGGAAAACGAGCGGGUACCAAUCAGACACCUCGUUUCACCAUCGCCGUCAAAAUUACCAGUGGGGCGAUUUCACUGCUGUCCAGACCAAUUUCCACCGGAAUUACCUGAUGGAGACGGGGGUGUGGGAAAACUACCCAACGAGAAAGUCCGACAGCCACUAGGUACUGGCUCCGGGGCCCCGGCGAUAUUACCAAGGCUUCGACGGUUCGGGUGCAGGCUCAGAUGGGAACCUGGUAAGGGGCGGCACAAUCAAAUGACAGCUGAUUCAUGAAAGUUUAUCGAUCCUCGG